AUGGCUCAAUACCAUAACCUGUGUAAAUUUCUCCAUAUUCUGGAACCAUGCACUGAUCCAGACCAACUGACAUCAACACUUGUGAACAUCUCUCUGGCAUCACAAGUGGCUUACACGUUUAAAGUAGGAUUCCUAUAUGUGUACAAUCAAUUACACCAAUUGCUGUCGGAAAUUUAUACAUGCUUUGCCAAAUCCGCUUGGCCUCCAUCAGUUCAUGGUUGGUAA